AUUGUGCUGGUUUUGUGGUGAAAUAGCUCCACAUCGUGUUUCAAGAAACGUUGAAAUAAUGGCGCAAGUAGAGGAAAGUAAAUUAAUUGCCAUCGGCGAUGUAUUGAACAACCGUGAGCGUCCACUAAAAGAACGCUUUCGAGCAUUGUUCACGUUGCGAAAUAUUGGAGGCGAAAGCGCGCUCGAAUCCAUCGGCCGGUGUUUCGAUGAUGAGUCGGCGUUGCUUAAACACGAGCUGGCUUACUGUCUGGGACAGAUGCAGGACGUGAGAGCGAUUCCUAUGCUAACGAAGGUGCUUGCCGAUAUGCAACAGGAACCGAUGGUAAGGCACGAGGCAGCUGAGGCACUCGGUGCCAUCGGGGACAUCUCAGUGGAGGAAACGCUGGUCAACUUCAGUAAGGACCCUGUUGUGGAGGUAGCGGAAACAUGCGAAAUCGCACUGGAACGAGUACGAUGGUUGAAACAAACGCAACAGCAAGCACUGAAAGACGAUCCGAAUCCGUAUGCCUCCGUAGAUCCCACACCACCGGCCGCUUCCAAGAGCAUUGAGGAGUUAAGGCGAAUCCUCAUGGAUGAAUCAGACACGCUUUUCAAUCGCUAUCGCGCCAUGUUUGCGCUACGUAAUCUGCGCACGGAAGAAGCCACCCUAGCACUGGCCACUGGACUGAAGGGCAAAAGUGCAUUGUUUCGGCAUGAGGUUGCGUUUGUGUUGGGCCAGCUGCAGGAAGAGUGUAGUAUACCAUUUUUGAUAGAAAAUUUGCGCGAUCCGGCCGAAAACGAAAUGGUGCGGCAUGAAUGUGCGGAAGCACUCGGUGCCAUCGCAACGGAGGAGUGCACACGUGUGCUGAACGAAUAUCUGCAGGACGACAAGCGCGUAGUAAAGGAAAGCUGCGAAGUAGCGCUGGACAUGUGCGAGUAUGAAAACAGUCCUGAAUUUCAGUACGCCGACACGCUCGUGAAGGUAGCAAACGAUGGAUAAUGAUCGAUGGUGGUGUAUGUUGGUGCAUACGGCGUGUGUAAAUACAACUUGAAGACAAACAGUACACCAGGCAUGGCGUUUAACAUAGAAAGCUAUAUUAUCCGGCAUUUUCUUCACAAGUCUUUCUGCUUUACUGUAUUUCUAUAAUUAAUUGGCGAAAGGAAUAAAACCGACGAAGAAAAUUUAUCACAAUU